CUUCUGGAGUAAAUGCGAAAUGGAGAUUUAAAAUUGUUGUUUGCUGAUUAAGUAAACAUAAAGUGUGAUGAUAUUAUAGAACAAUUUGUGUUAUUGGAACCAUCAAACUUCUUUCAGGCUCAAGUUGAAGCAUGCCGUGAUGGAGCAAUGGCCUCUGCUGGUGUUGGUGCUUGUUGUGGGGCCGCUGGGACGAGCGGUGAUGCACAGCGGAAGCUCAGGACCUUGUGAUAGGACAAGAAAAGUUCACACGGAUACCUGGGGUGUCAUCACCGAUGGACCUCCAGGCUCCAACUAUACUCAGAACUCUCACUGCGAGUGGCUCAUAAAAGCCAACAGCAGUGAGCAGUUUAUAUCACUCAAUUUUACUCUGAUGGGAACGGAGUGUUCGUAUGAUUAUGUGUACGUUUACGACGGAGACUCAUUCAACUCCCCUGUUCUCGGAAGUUUUAGCGGUAGAACUCGCCCGCAAACUGUCGUUGCCACUUCUGGAUUUAUGUUGAUACUGCUAUACAGUGACACAAACUACGUAUUGGAUGGAUUCCGAGCCGAGUAUUACAUCACAGAGUGUCCAGCGAACUGUUCGAGUCACGGGACAUGCUUGGCUCACUCAUGUAUCUGUGAGAGUGGGUGGGGAGGAGUGGACUGCUCUCAGCCUCUUUGUCCCGACCACUGCGGCGUCUCCAAGGGCCGAGGACGAUGUCUCUUGGGUCGGUGUCAUUGUUUUACUGGAUACUCUGGCCAAGCAUGCAGUUUGUACAAGGGCGACCCAGUGGGCAACUCAUGGCAUCAUCUGCACAGAGAAGGUGUGAACGCUCGAGCUGCACACUCGGCCAUUUACAUCUCCGACACCGACGCACUUUACGUGUUCGGAGGUUACAACCUGAACACCAUUCUUGGAGACUUGGUGAUUUUCCGCUUCAACCACAGCCAGUGGGAGGACGAAGACGGGAAAAUAAUAAGUAGUGUUGUUGGUGCGAAUGAUAAAUUAGAUGCCAAAAGACUAGCAGCCGUUGGAAGAUGGGCUUCUGUCGGUGGUGGGGAGGAGUGGGGGUUGCAUCAUCGUCAAAAUUUUUUCUCAACCUUGUUGUUCACCUCGACCAACGUCAAUAACAACUCGAGGACACAAAAACAGCCUGAAGGUCAAAGUGCGAGAUUCCUUAGACAUGUUGGUGUCGAAGAGUUCACCCUGGGAAAGCCGACACCGAGGUACUCCCAUGCAGCUAGUAACUACCCUGGAGGCUUCGUGUUGCACGGAGGUGUGCUGGAGGACGGCAGCUUAGGCUCGGACUUGUGGCUGUACCAGGUGGUGGGGGGUAGAUGGACGCGGAGAGCUGUGAACUCUGCACUGCAGCCUCCUCCACUGGCCCGCCACACUCUCACACUAGCAGACGACGGCUGGUUGUACAUGGUCGGAGGAUCUACAGAACAGGGGAUGUUCUCCCCUAAGAUAUUCAGGAUAAAACUGUCCACAGUGGGAGGGACAGAGGAGUGGGAGGAAGUAGUUCCGAGAGGAGGCAAGGAGCUUGAUGUCCGAAUGGUGGCUCACUCUACAGUGUAUAAUCCUCAGGCAAACACACUACUGGUGUAUGCUGGGAUUGUGACCAACGUUGCUCGCUUCAGCAAGCUGAGUGACCGUAUGUUCUCGUUCCACCUGGAGAGCCGCCAUUGGGCAGAGAUUCAUUACCCUCGCUCGGAAUUGCGAGACAACUACCUACCUAGAGAGCGAGCCUUCCACAGCGCCACUGUUAUAGGUAACUACAUGGUAGUGUUUGGAGGCUACACGCAUCGCCACAACAGAGAGGAGAUUUGUUACGACAAGCAUCUCUACUUGUACCACCUCGGCUGUCACACAUGGGUGACUCACGACAUUCUGGACAACACCGUCAACUCCUCCCACUACCCCAAGGUGCAGGGUAUCUUUGGUCAUGCGGCAGCACUACGUAACGGCAACACACUGCUGCUGUUUGGUGGUUACCACGGCAACGUCAAUGCAGACCUGCUGGCCUACGUCAUGCCACCUACAGUAGCUGUGCGACAUGGUGAAAAUUACGACUCGGAGCAGCUUUGUAGCAGACAUCACAGCCUGGCUGCCUGUAGUGGAGACCCAGAGUGCGGUUGGUGCUCGGCUGAUGAAGUUUGUUACGGUAGAAUGUUAGGUAUAAACUGCACCACCAACCUGCAGACCACCAGAUGUCCUGGGGUGUGUCCUGCGCUGGGAGACUGUCACAGCUGUCUGCUCCAUGGCAACCCUCACGGACUGACGUCAGUGGCCCUCAAACUGCAUCUGGGACACUGUACGUGGUGUGUGCAGAACGCUCGGUGCCACCACAAAGAUGACAACUUUGGCGUGUGUGGUCUGAAGGACGACACCCCGUCUCAGGAGGCCGGGUGGUGGGGAGACAAGGGACAGGAGGUGAUGAGUGCCGACGUGUGUAGAGAGCUGGACCGCAGACCCGGCCUCACCUUCCUCAAGUACAAGUACCCGGCCAACUGGACCCAACCUGACCAUGUCAGCAUUAUCAACGCAACCACAGCAGACUUCAACGCUCUGAGUGCAUCAGUGUCUAGAACCGAGCAGAACCUUGGGGGUGAAGUGACAGCUCGACUUCUGGGGUUUCUCCGGCCGCCUCAGACGUGGGAAAACUCCCAGGAACAGUUGAGAAUCUGCGUCAGUCAUUCCAACGCAACGUUGCGGCUUGCAAGUCUUACCAGCCAUUUGGAGGUAGUGGCCAACCUGAGUGCAGAACAGACACACUGCGUGGCUGCUCUCUGGCCCACUGGUACCCCUGCAGUGCUGCUACCUGGCAGGUACCUGGUAGACUACGAGUCUCGCAAGAACAUUUCCAUCAGUCAGUACCCACCUAUACACUCUCACUCUAAAAUGGAGUUGCUCCAUAACAAAACCCACGAAACUCCAAAGGUGUUUACGUUCGAGUACCUAGAACCCUUUGAGGGCAACGGCAGCUGCAGCCAGUACACCAACUGUCUGCACUGCCUCAGCGACUCACUGUGCGGCUGGUGUGAGCCGACCAACGAGUGCCAACCUCGCAGCAGCGACGAGCGAGUCACCUGUCGCUCACCGUCCUCGUCACAGUGGCACUACCUGACCAUCGUACCGUCUCACUGCGCCAACUGCUCUAACUACGUGGACUGCGAGGCCUGUGUAUACACGGGCAUCUGUGAGUGGUGGCCUGACGACGCUAGGUGCUCACGCAGAGGAAGGUCUCCAGCAGGAGUGGUGGAAGCAGGCAAGUGCCCUCCUCCAUGUUACAGUAGAGCCAACUGUACAGAUUGUUUGGACGGCAACGGACGCUGUGUGUGGUGUCAGGCCACUCAGGAGUGUUUUGCAUUCGCCGUGUACACAUCGCAAUACCAGUUUGGUCUCUGCAGAGAGUGGCUGGACCAGACGUACCACUCGCCUCACUCACUGGCGCCACGCAACCACGCCAGCGCAGCCUGCGAUGUAUGCGGACGACACGCCAACUGCUCAUCCUGUCUGCGCACGCUGGGCUGCGGCUGGUGCUACGACCUGGACAAUCCCAUACAGGGUGUCUGCGUACCAGGCGACUUUAGCAACCCUCAUGUUGAGUCGUGCGCCGGUGUGGUGAAUCGAAAGCACAACAUGUCACUGUACAGUGAUGAGGUGAGCUGGUCAUACGCCCAGUGUCCAGACGUAGACGAGUGCGGACUGGGACUCCACGAUUGCCACCCCGAGGCCAAGUGUACCAACACGCACGGCUCGUACAGUUGUCAGUGUCGACGCGGCUUCAUCGGCGACGGCAAACACUCCUGCACCAAGACGUGUUACAACAAGUGUAUCAACGGCUACUGUGUCGGAGCACCGCAGUACUCCUGCAAGUGUGACCUUGGCUGGACAGGACCUGACUGUGGUACCAACUGUGGAUGCAACAAUCACUCGACUUGUACACAGGGUGUUGGAAUCUGUGACAGUUGCCACGACUGGACUACAGGAGACCACUGUCAAUACUGCAAAGCUGGAAGUUAUGGCAACGCCACGUCGCCAGGAGGUUGCCGAGGCUGCAAUUGUAACGACCACGGCAACGGAGCGUUGGGAUUCUGUGACUCGAUCACCGGAGUGUGCUUCUGUCAAGACAAUACUGAGGGCCCAACUUGCAACAAGUGCAAAAAAGGCUACUACGGAGACCCAAGGAGGGGUGGCACGUGCUACUACCAGUGCGUGGCCCGAGGGAUGCUGACCAGCACAGAGAAGCAAGGUCUAGGGUCUCGGCUGGCGGAGAUGAGUGCGUGGGAGUCUCGUCAGGGGCCGCCAUCUCGUGAAUGUCUGUGGAUCAUCAGUCCUCACGAAUUGCACAACAAGACUGACGCGUCCAGUGUGAUACAGUUGACCAUAGACUCGGACAUCGCAGUUACCUGUGGAGACAACAGUGUCUACGUGUACGACGGACUGCCAGACUUUGUGUCCAUGGACAACCACCAGAGUCAUGUGCUGGGAGUGUUCUGCUCACAGGAUACGUCGUACCCAGUCACCGUGGAGGCCCGUAGUGGGGUGAUGACAGUUCACUACAAGCAGGGUGAUCCUCUGGAAGGGUUCAAUGCCACCGUGGAGGUGCUGGGCUGUCCAGAGAAGUGUCCUCGCAACAGAGUGUGUCGCGCAGGAGUCUGCGUGUGUCCGGAUGGCUCCACAGGUCCUGAGUGCAACGACCUUCUGUGCCCCAACAACUGCACGGCUGACUUAAAACAGGGUGUUUGUGACAAGGGGUACGGACGAUGCCUGUGUGUAGAUGGAUGGGGCGGACCUCAAUGUGCGACCAGACUUACACCAAACCAUCUGGUGUUCACCGAACUGUUCAACUCUGCCCACCUGGCUGAUAGUCUCGACCAUCUGCGGAAGAUGCUGCCUCGGUUUGGUCACUCUCUACUCACGGACAGACGAGGGUCACUGUGGUUGUUUGGAGGUUAUUCUCUAUCUCACGGUCCUCUCAACGACAUACGCUUGUUCGACACAAAGAACAACACUUGGAUGCAGGUGACCAUCGAUUCGACCAAUGACGCCAACAUGCCGCAGGGCCGAUACUUCCACGCAGCCGAGAUAGUUCACUCCAAGCGGGAGAUCUUUGUCUACGGAGGGCUGACUCAGAAACUGACCAUGGCUGCCGGAGCUAACAGCACGCUCAGCGACUUCUGGAAGUUCAGCCUGAAGAACCAACGUUGGAUAGAUAUACAGACAUCACAGACAGCGCUGUCCCCCCCACCUUUGGCGGGGCAUACACUGACAUUGCGUCGGGGCACUGAGACAGAGAGUCUGCUGCUGAUCGGGGGCUUCAGUCCAGACCAUGGAUUCUUACACCAUGUGUGGGAGUUUGACCUGACUACUGAAACUUGGACUGAGUUGGAAACCUUCGGCUACGGACCUCUUGGUGUGUACGGCCACAGUACAGUAUACCAUGCUCCUACGUCCAGUUUUUACGUGUUCGGGGGUUACAUGUAUUCCGUCAAUCGAACGUUCAUUUCCAACAAGCUGUACACCUUCCACUACCCGUCGCAGACCUGGUCAGUCCUACCAACCUUCGAGGAGUACAACCCUCCCAGGAUGCAACUGCCCCAGCCCAGACUACUACACACAGCAGUGUCUACAGAUGAGUACAUGUUGGUGUUCGGAGGUCGCAGCAUCACUCCCACCACCCACGACUCUCUCAUCGCCUACUCCUACGCCUGCAACCAGUGGAUCAGGCUGCUCUCCAAAGAUGUGCUGAGUGUUGGCAGUCCGCCUCCGUCUACAUACGCCCAUGCCAUGACACUAGACCCUGAGUCGUCCAACACUACAGUGGUGUACGUGAUGGGAGGGUUCACGGGGGGUGUGCAGAGUCACGUCACCAGAAUAAACCUUCCAGCCGACCUGUGUAGACUGUGGACCAACAAGGACAAAUGCAGGUCGUUUCUCGGAUGCUCAUACUGUGCGGUAAUCAGUGAGGCCGGCAACUCUACAAGUUACUGCUACAGCAACUCACGUGGUGCACUCAACGACCCCUGCCGCGGCCUGCAGGGCACUCACAAGACCAACAACGGUGUCAUGUGCAGCCGAGAGUUCCUGGCGCAGCGCACAUGUGAGCAGUACACCUCGUGUAGCGACUGCCUGGCGAGGUGGCCCAGCCACUGGGAAGAACCUCCGAUUCUCAAUUACCUUACUGACAAGGCACUGACCACUGAACCUGAGGUACUGACACUGCAUCCACUGAACAUUUCCCCCUUCUGA